AGUAUAACAAAUGUACAUAUAUGUAGGCCCAUGUAAUUAGCAACGCCUGAGUCCUACCCUGGAAAGCAGAGUUCAUAUUCUAAAGUGAUUUAGUGAGGCAACAUAAAUGAAAUGAAGCAAUAAACAUUGAAGAAAAAUAUUUUCUAAAAAAAAGUGCUAAAGAAUAUCCUUUAAAACAACGACGAAAAAGUGUAAAAUAGUUAAUGCCUGAAAGGUGGGGCCAGCGAGGCGAAGGAAAUUUUAUAUACAAUAAAAAUCUGCGGUGAAAAAAAAAUCAAGAAAUCACGAAAAAGGAACACGAAAGCUACACAACGGUGCUUAAAAGAGAUAUAUUGUGUCAAACACAACACCAACAACAAUAGUAGGCACAAAAAGUAAACAGUAGAACAACAAUUGUUUAAUAGUAUUUAUAAUAUCAGACAGCAACAACAAAAAUAGUAAUAAAAUAUCCUAAUAACAACAAUAAGAAACAAUUGAAAUAUAAUAAAAACGACAAAGGCGUAUGGUAAAGGUGAAUUGUGUGUAUGUGUAUGUCAAAACAUAUGUACAUAUGUAUAUAUGUAGUUGAGUCGCUGCAGGACAUUAAGCACUUACACGCUCAACUCUAGUGUCCAACUAACCUCGCUCAAAAAAGAAACAAAAAAACAAAAAUUCAACACAGCUGCGACCUCUACGGCAACGUCAACGUCCACGUCAGCGGCAGUGACUCAAUGUUGACUUUUCACUUUUCAUUUUUCACUCUCUCCGCGUGUGUAUGCCGGAUCUUCUACUUAAAUUUAACUGCAUAAAAAUACAACACAUACAUACAUUAGCACACAUACACACACACACGCACACGUAAAUUGUUGUGCACCUCAUAGUUUCAUCUGCGCUGGAAAUUAACUUGCUUGACUGGAAAUACAAGCGCGUGUCAACUGCCAAGUACAUAACUGUAAAGGAAAAUGUACAACAUAUAAGAAAGGCAAAGCAGCUGGUGAAAUUUCUUAACGGUUAAAAUAACUAUAGUCAUACAAAAACAACAAUAGCAACAUCCACAACAACAGCAGUUACAGCUCAAUAAUUCUUCAAAGUCAACACAACUCAAACAACUUACAAAUGUCUGCUGCUGUGCAUCCUUGAAUUUAUUUGAAAACGCUUAACUUGACUAGCCUAAGCGGCCAUUUCGAUGCUCUAACAUGGGCUAUUCCUCCGAAGCUGCCAAAACGAGGACACAACGCAGCAGCAUCUACAGCUAUAAAUACAAAAGCAAUAAAAACUGUCCGAACACUGAGAGUCAACACUUCAGCAACUACAAUAAUAACUGCAACAGCAACAACACAAACAACUGUUGUGACAACUAUAAAAGUAGCGACAUUAAUAGCUUGCGUUUAUUGAGUUCAGAGGUGAUCUGUCAAUGCAGCAGCAGCGCUGACAGCGACGAGGAGGCAAAUAUUUCAAAAGAAAGUGACAACAACAGCAAACGGCGACGACGACGACAACAGACGACACAAAACGCAACGACAUUUAUAGCAAAUAAAAAGACAUCCAAGAACGAGCCAGAGGAGGCUGAAGUGAAAGCAGAGGAGGAGGAACUAAGAGUCGAAAAAGGCGGAAGGGAGGAAGUACAAGUGGACGGCGCCGAAGCGGAAGAGACUGAAAGGCAAACACAAAUUGAGUGCAAUCACUCUGAGGGUGUUUGGACGGAAGCCGAUGCGGUUGCGUUUGAAGAAUUACACCGCACUGACGACAUACAUUGCAAAUUGACUGCAAGUUUUGUAAAUAAUUGCACAACACAAGCGAUAGCGAGGAAGCGAAAUAACAGCAGCAACAACAGCAACAAUAAUAAUAACAACAACAGGAAGGCGACACACGACACGCAGGCAAGUGUUUGUGGAAACUUUGUGUGCCACACGGAAAGCGGAAAUAAUAAUUGUAGCUACCGACUACCGUUAUCGCGUGAACAACUGCCACAAACGCGCGACGCCUUGCCGCCACAAACGGGGCAGGGAGAAGGGAAGCAGCAGCAACAGCUUCAAACACAAGCACUAGACGAGCCAGCAGACGCAAACGAAAAUGUAUGCGCUACUUUGUCGCAGCCCACGGAAACGGCCGCGGGGACGUCUGCGUAUGCCGGCGAAUGUGGCGCCAAGUCGGCGGCGGCGCGUAAUGAACACAACCAAGGUUGGCAAGUGUUGCUACAGCAAGCACGCAGCGCCCUAACCGAGCAUUGGGCUAACUUACGCGACAAUUUGAUAAUGCACAAGACGAAGGAAUGGGAUUUACUGUGCGAAGCGGAAGAGGAGGUGACAAAGCCAGCAUGCGACAGGGGUGAGGCGACAAAGACAGAGCAGCAACAGAAGCGAUGCAAAGGGUUACAAAGUAAGUGCCAGCCGCCACUACAGUUGGCAUACAAGCGUGGAAGACAGCAGACCGCACAAUGUGAGCAACAACAAAUGCAACAAAAGCAACAGCAACGAACUGAUGAAUUGCAACUGGCGAAAUGUUGCCGUCAGCGUCAGCGUCGGCGUCAGCACGAGUUGAAAGCUAAUUUGUGUGAACAAAGGAAUGCUAUUACAUACUGCCACCACCACCAACAACAACAACAACAACAAGAAAAAGACAAAGAGCAACAGCAAAAUAAAAUAGAAAAACGCCACAAAAAGACGUCUUACUCACAGCAGCAGCAGCAACAACAACAACAACAAGACGAACAACAACAUCAUUCCCCACAAUCAAAACCACAAAAGCAACAACAACAACCACAAAAUCAACAACAACACCAACAAAAUCGACGUCACCGCCUACGUCGCGGCGUACAAACAGCAGCCGCUGCCGCUUACGGCGCCUUCAGCUACAUCGGACACAACUACUAUCAUCUAUUGGGCAAUUCAAUUAGUUUUUACGCUGCUUCGAGUCUCAUAUUGGUGCUUUGCUAUUUGACAACAACAACAACAGCGGCACAUUCGCCCGACAAGGCACCCUUCGAUAAGCAUCCCAUUCAAAGCAUCGAUUGGUCAAAAUUCGACGAGUCCAGCUCGGAUAAGGAAAUUUUGGACUUGUUGCUGGAAAAGAAACGCUACGAUAAACGUCUACUGCCGCCAGUUAACGAUGAGGAUUUUUGCUGUGGUUUAUCUUCACCGGAUAUGGCCAAAGUCAGCAACUCAAGGAGGCCACAUAAUCGCGGUACCCUAACGGUUAAUGUGAAUGUGUUGCUGCUUAGUUUAGCCUCGCCCGAUGAAAGUAGUUUGAAAUACGAAGUUGAAUUUCUACUCAAUCAACAGUGGAACGAUCCACGUCUACAAUAUGGCAACAAAUCGCAUUAUGACUUUUUAAAUGCAUUGCAUCAUCACGACAGCAUCUGGACACCGGACACCUAUUUCAUUAUGCACGGCGACUUUAAGGAUCCCAUUAUACCAAUGCAUUUCGCUUUAAGAAUUUACCGAAACGGGACCAUUACGUACGCAAUGAGACGUCAUUUAAUAUUAUCCUGCCAGGGUAGCCUACACAUAUUCCCAUUCGAUGAUCCAAAGUGCUCCUUCUCUAUGGAAAGCAUUUCCUAUGAGGAGGCGCAAAUCAAAUAUGUUUGGAAAAAUGACGAGGACACGCUACGUAAAAGUCCUUCACUAACCACAUUAAAUGCGUAUUUAAUAAAAAAUCAAACAACACCCUGUGAUCAAAAUAGUUGGCGAGGUAAUUACAGUUGCCUAGAAGUCGAGUUGACUUUUACCAGGGAUCGUGCAUAUUAUUUCACCACUGUUUUUAUACCCGGCAUUAUAUUGGUGACAUCAUCAUUUAUCACAUUUUGGCUGGAAUGGAAUGCUGUGCCAGCCAGAGUUAUGAUCGGUGUAACAACAAUGUUGAAUUUUUUCACAACAUCCAACGGUUUCCGCAGCACACUGCCCGUCGUCUCCAAUCUAACGGCAAUGAAUGUUUGGGAUGGCGUCUGCAUGUGCUUCAUCUAUGCCUCGCUAUUGGAGUUCGUAUGUGUUAAUUAUAUGGGCCGGAAGAGGCCACAACAUAAUGCUGUUUAUCGACCAGGCGAGAAUCCUGUCACACAGCGUCUUCCAGCGGUUCUAAGCAGGAUUGGAGUAAUUCUUGCAAGUCCUUUGGGUAUAAUCGAACGAGAAUUUCAUGCUGCUUUGUCGUCUGAAAAGGCCACAGUGGGUACAUCCGGCAGCACAACAACCGGCACCAGCAUACCAGUCACACCCACACCGAUGCAUCCCUAUCACACUGACUUCACAACAACAUCGACAACAACACAAUCAACAGCACAAACACCGCUACCACCAGCCUCACCGCCGCCAACCGGUAUCAGUACGGUUGAUGCUCCACGUAUACGUUGGGAGGAACAACAUGGCGGCAUCAUAGGUGUGGCAAUGCAAAAUUUACGUGCACGUUCCAUACGUCGACGUACACGCUCACCAGGUUCGGCAGCUUCAGCGGCUAGCUCAUACGCGGACACCGAGUCGGGACGUAUCCGUACGCCUACGUCUACAAUGUCAACUGUCGUUGAACCGGUUUACACUGAGCCCAACUUUGUAGCGAACGGCGCCGGUGUUGCUGAUGUGGCCAGCACACAACAUGAGACUACAGUAACUGUUGAGGUAGAGCCAACACUGCCAGCGCCAGCGCCAACACAGCAACAACUACAGCAGCGUCGUUCCAUCUCUACGAAUACACCGCCGUUGAUAUUGAGCGGUAUCGGCAAGCAGCAGAUGGAAAGCGAAGAGAUGACUGCGACGACGUCUGCGACUGAUUUGGAAAUGCCAAGAGCAGCAGCAGUUGAUACACAGGAGGCUACAGAGCAGUUGGAUGCAUCAGGUGUGGCCGAUGCCAGCGGUCAUUUGCCAGUGAAGCCACCACGACGCAAAACGUCGCGUUCCAAUUCGCCGGUGCCAUUUUACGAGCAGGUGGCGCAGGAAGGCGCCAACGGGCAUGGCUUGGGCGCUAUGACAGCGGAAACUGGUGAGAAGCGACGCGAUGUACGCGCUCCCAACGAGAUCGUCGCCUGUACGACAUGCGGCGGUAGCAGCAGCCCGUGCACACACUCGGCCAACAAUGGAUGCGCAACAGAGACUUGCUUCGUCCAAGUGCGCAAAAAGGAGCCGCCACAUCCUAUACGUAUAGCAAAAACAAUUGAUGUCAUCGCUCGAAUUACAUUUCCAACCGCCUACGCAAUUUUUUUAAUAUUUUUCUUCGUACACUAUAAGGGAUUUUCAUAAAAAUUAGUGCAAUGGA